AUGUCCUACCAGUUGAGCUACAGGAAUAGAAAGCAUAGUCAGGUAACAGAAGCCUCACUUCCUCUGCGGGUGUGGAGGAGAGAGCAGGAUGGGGAGAGUGUGCUCGUGCUGAGGAUGGAGAAGAAAGUGUGUGUGAUCCAGACUGACUUCCACCAGUACCGUCCUAUCAUCGCCAUCCACAGCAAGCCUCUGGCACAUGUUAAUCCACUGCAACCCGGUGCACAGGCAGGGAUGAGGGAGAGAGAGGAGCUGAAUAAAGCCAUCGAGCAGACAGACCGGCUACUGACCCGCGUCCGACAGCUGGAGGGGGAGAACUCAGAGCUGUGCAAAGAAAAAAAUGCAUUUUUCAUCCGAAUGCGUGCUGAGCAGGAGAGCCUCCAGCAGGCUGAGCAGCGCUGCGUUCAGCUGGCCCAGGCCAGACGUGAGCUGGAGGCCCAGGUGGCAGGGCUGGAGGUGCGUCUGGAAGAAGAGGAGGGGGCCUCCGCUCAGCUGGCCUCCCAGCGUCAGAGGCUAGAGACCGAGUGCUGCAGUCUGCGCAGAGACCUGGAGGAGCUGGAGAACACACUGACAUCAGUAGAGAAGGACAAGCAGUCCUCAGACUCUGCUGUGAGGAAGCUCUCUGAGGAACUCGAACAGAAAAGUAAACUGGUACAGAAGCUACAGAAGGAAAAGGAGCACCUGGUGGAGCUGAGCCAGCAAGCCAUAGAGGACUUGCAGUGUGAGGAAGAGAAGGUGAACCUCCUGACCAAAGAGAAAGCCAAGCUAAAGCUGCAGGCGGAGGAUCUGGAAUAUCUGCUGGAGCAGGAGAGGAAACAGAGGACGGAUUUGGAGAAGAGCAGGAGAAAGUUGGAGGGAGACAGUAAGAACAUCAUGGACAACCUGUCUGAGAUGGGCAAGAUGCGGGCCAGCCUGCAGGAGAUGAUGAAGAAGAAAGAUGUGGAGAUAAGCACCACCAGCAGUCGACUGGAGGCUGAGGAAACACUGAAUGCAGGACUGCAGAGGAAGAAUAAGGAGUUCCAGGUCCGUAUUGAGGAACUGGAGGAAGAACUGGAGGCUGAGAGAGGCCUACGGUCCAAGGUGGAAAAGCAGCGAGCUGACUUGACCCGUGAACUGGAUGACCUGACUGACAGACUGGAGGAAGCAGGGGGAGCCACAGCCUCUCAAAUGGAGAUGAAUAAGAAGCGUGAAGCAGAGCUGCAGAGGCUCAGGAGAGAGCUGGAGGAGUCAUCAGUCCAAGCAGAGGCAGUGACAGCGGCACUGAGGAAACGUCACAGUGAUGCACUGGCGGAACUGGGAGAGCAGUGCGAAGGCCUGCAGAGAACUCGAGCCAAACUGGAGAAAGAGAAGCAGAGCCUCAGGCUAGAGGUGGAUGACCUGGCAGCUUCACUCGACAGCCUGCAGAAAGCCAAGGCAUCCACUGACACACAGUUGAAGAAACUAGAGGACUUACUCUCUGAGGCUAACUCCAGGAAUGAGGACCUGCAGAAAGCUCUAAAUGAGGUCACUGCAGCAAAGAACAGACUCACGGCUGAAAAUAAUGAGCUCACAAGACAGAUGGAGGAGGCGGAGAACAAGGGCAGUCACCUGAGCCGAUCCAAAACCGUGGUGAUGGCCCAACACGACGAACUCAAGAAACAGUUUGAUGAAGAGGUCAAGGCUAAAACAGCCUUGAGCAGCAGUAUGGCAGCAGUGCAGCAGGAGUGUGAAAUGUUAAAGGAACAACUGGAAGAGGAGCAGGAGAGUAAACAAGAAUUGCAGCGUCUCAUCUCCAAACUCAACAGCGACGUCACACACUGGAGGAGCCGCCAUGAGGCUGAUGCCAUCCAGCACAGUGAUGAACUGGAAGAAGCCAAGAAAAAGCUGACUGCUCGACUGCAAGAGGCCGAGGAGGCAGUGGAGGCCACCCAGGCCAAAUGCUCCAGUCUGGAGAAAGCCAAACAGAGACUGCAGGGAGAAGUGGAGGAGCUUUGUGUGGAUCUGGAGAAGGCGAAUAAUGUGGCAGCAGUGCUGGAUAAAAAACAAAGGAUGCUUGACAAGCAGUUGAGUGACUGGAGGCAGAAGUGCGAGGAGCUGGUUGUAGAAGUGGAGAGCUGUCAGAAAGAGAGCAGACAGCACGCCACCGAGCUCUUCAAGCUCAAAACGACCUACGAGGAGGCAGUGGAGCAGGGCGAGGCUCUGCGCAGGGAGAACAAGGCCUUCCAGGAGGAGAUUGCUGAUCUUACAGACCAGCUCUCAGAUGGGGGCAAGAGUGUCCAUGAGCUUCAGAAAAUGAAGAAGAAAAUCGAGAUGGAGAAAGAAGAGCUGCAGGCAUCACUGGAGGAGUCUGAGGCAGCAUUAGAGGCUGAGGAGACAAAAGUUCUGCGUCUUCAGUUGGAGCUGUCUCAGGCUAAAGCAGACAUGGAGCGCAGACUACAGGAGAAAGAAGAGGAGUUUGAGGCCGCCAGAAAGAGCCACCAGAGGGCUUUAGAGUCCCUGCAGGCCAGUCUGGAUGUGGAGGUAAAGGCCCGUACUGAAGCAGCCCGUCUGAAAAAGAAGAUGGAGAGUGAUCUGAAUGAGCUGGAAGUGCAGGUGGACCAACUGAACAAGAGCAACGCAGAGCUAAUGAAGACUGUGAAGAAGAUGCAGCAACAAAUGAAGGACCUGCAAGUACAGCUGGAGGAGGAGGCGCGUGUGCAGGAGGAGCUGAGAGAGGAGCAGACACUUCUUGAGCGCCGCUGCACCCUGCUGGUUACUGAAGGGGAAGAGAGUCGCGCCUCACUGGAGGCCGUAGAGAGAAGCCGCAAGGCCCUGGAGACAGAGGUGCAAGAGACCUCUGAGAAAUACAGUGAGCUUGACAACCAGUUUCAGUCUGUAUCCAGUGGAAAGAGAAAACUGGAAGUAGAUCUCCAGCAGCUCACACAGGAGCAUGAGGAACUACAAAGUGAACUGAGGGCAGCCAAUGACAAGGCCAAGAAGGUUGCCAGUGAGACAGCACGUGUGGUAGAGGAGCUGCGAGUGGAGCAGGAGCACACCAUGCACCUAGAGCGAGUCAAGAAGGGACUGGAGGCUCAGAUAAAGGACAUGACCACCAGACUGGAUGAAGCUGAGCAGCUGGCCAUGAAAGGAGGCAAGAAGAUCAUUCAAAAGCUGGAGGGCAGGGUGAAAGAGCUGGAGCUAGACUUGGACACGGAGCAGAAAAGGCACGCUGAGACGGUUAAGACCCUGCGGAAGAAUGAGCGGCGUCUGAAGGAGCUUCUCUUCCAGACGGAGGAGGACCAGAAGAACCAGCAGAGGAUGCAGGAUCUAGUGGAGAGACUCCAGAUUAAAAUGAAAGCUUACAAGAGACAAGUAGAGGAGGCGGAGGAGCAGGCUAAUGUGAACCUGACCAAGUACAGGAAGACUGUUCAUGAGCUGGAUGAUGCAGAGGAGCGUGCUGACAUAGCUGAAUCUGCUCUCACCAAAAUCAGGACGAAGAACAGGGGCAGCUUCGGCAAGGGCUACUUAUCUGGAUACUGCACUCCCUUACCAGGGCUCAUAAGAUCACCCAGUUCUGUAGGGUCGGAGGGCAGAGGUGAGAAGAUCAUUGCAGACGAUGAAGAGUCCGUCAGCUCUCUCAUUCCCACAUAUUUGAAUUCAAUCAAGAAACUGAUGAUUGAUUAGAAUCAUAAGAGGUUUGUCAGUCUUCUGGAAUCCAAAAUGGAGACACUAUCUUAGAUCCAGUUUUCUUGAGAUAAAAAAGAAUCAUAAACAUAUAAAUCAUUUUAUCACUACAAGUAUCUAUGUUCAGUAUUAUAUUGUCUAUUGCCAGUGUGACCUUACUAUUUUAAUACUUCAUCAAGAAAUUCAUAUAACUUUAUGUAAUGUUGCCAUAAUAUUCUUGAUUAUACUCUUUUGAUAGUUUCAUAUUGUAAGGAUUGAAUAUUUCAUAGAUUUUUUUAAGCAAGCCCCCAAGAGAUAUUUAUAGUCAUCGAAAUGGCAACCAGCUUCAGUUAUGCACACAACAAGAAAUAGGAUACAUACAAUCUUCUGUCACAAGUUCACAUACACUUUGAAGUUAAAUAAACUUUACCUCCAGAAUAUAUAGAAAUAAUGUGUCAAAUAAUUAGAAAUGUAUUGAUAAUAAAUACACUGCACUGUGUAAUUCCCUUGCUCAAAUGGUGUUAUGUUUGUAUUAGUUUUGUAUUUAUUGAGAUACCAACUGAUGACAACUACAUAAAUAAACAAUAAAUCCAAUUCAGUUAAACGUUAAAUUUAAUGUCAUUUAUAUUAUAUAAAACCUAAUAAAUUGAUGAUAUUCACCAGGUAUUCUUCAUUUACAUUAUUUUAUUUUUGUGAGUGAUUGAAUUACUUGCACUUUGCAUGUUUAAUGCUGAACAUGUACAUCAGUAACAGGGAACAGUUAAAGGCUUAACAUGACUGCUUUGCAAAUUCUAACAAAGAAUGAAAUCCAUUUAAAAGAACUUGAAGACAGUUUAAAAAAAAAAAAAAGGUGUUAAUUGAUUUGAUAUAAAAAUAAGCACUGUGCAAAAUAACUUCAUUAUAUUAUCUGUACCUCUUUCACUAUACACAGUUUGCCAGUGUUAAGCAGAUGCUUUUGUUCUGUUCUGUCCUUCAGUAAAUCCUUUGGGAAAAAUAAAACUGGACUCCAAAAAUAACAAAAAGUUUGAGUCUACUGUAUAUAUAUAUAUAUAUAUAUAUAUAUAUAUAUAUAUAUAUAUAUAUAUAUA